ACUGAUAGACAACACUGAACCUGCAACCUGAGAUCAGACUCAACAACAAAUUCAUAUUUACUGAGGAAACUCACUGAAACUCAUCUUUAUCAUCUGGACAGAGUGACCUGCACACUGACCUUCACUUCCUGCCAGCUUUGGUCACUGUCAGUCAUGCAGUCCUGCAGUUCUGCUCUCUGUAUCCUGAUCUUACUGAUCUCUACAUUCACUACUGAGUCGCGUAAUCCUACAGUGAAGGUGAAGCUUCAUGACUCUGCUACUCUGCCCUGCCAUGAGAGAUGCUCUGGUUUGGUCAGAUGGACUGUGUUUUAUAAACCUACUGAUGCUCUGGCUGAGUGUGAUCAGACUUCAUGCUGGUCAGAGGAGGGAUAUCAGAUGAUCCAUGAUCAGUACCUGAAGGGAGAUCUCUCUCUCAUCAUCGCUGAUGCUGAUUUCAGUCAGAGGGACUGGUACACGUGUUGGUGUGAUGAUGCAGAUCUCUGUGAUGUGCGGCUUCAGGUUGAGCCUGUGAAUAUUCUAGUUCAGAUAAAACCUGGUGAGCCUCUAGUGCUGAAGAUGGAAAUAUCAGAUCCAGUGGAUUUGAUUUAUAAAGACCCAAAUGGACCAUCCAGCGGUCAGAUCUGUGCAGUGGAUGGACGCUCACUACAGUGUAAGCCUGAAUACACACAGAGAGCAUCACUCACAUCUGUUGUUAGGCUGAGAAGAAUGACUCCAUCUGACAGUGGAGUCUACACUGUAAUAGACAAAUGGACUGACGAGGUCAUUCACAUCUACACAGUGACCGUGGGAUCAGCAGAUGGAAGUGAAUUAAAUGAUGACUAUCCAGAUCUGGACACAGAUAAAGGAGCUGCUGUACUAAUGUGGCUGGUUGCCCUAAUAAUGGCUGUACUUGUAGCUGUGAUUGUAAUGUUAGCAAUGAUGAUUGUGCAGCUGAGGAGAGAAACUCAGCAGCUGUUGAUGAAGACUGGAAGGAGGAAAUGAAUGAGCACAGUAACCAAACAGAGACUGUCACAUACCUUAUAAAACGCUAAACAGAAUCAGUUAAUCUUUAGACAAUCACUGCUGGCAGCUUUGGAACAUUUUAGUUCUGCUUUACGCUCUAAUAUAAAUAUCUGCCUCCUCUGCUCAGUGACAUGCUGCCCAAACUGCUGGGGCGCUUCAGAUGUGGACUAACAUGGACAAACAUCACUUUCCUCCAACAAGUACAUU